CAAUCACAAGUGGUCGAGAAAGAGUGGGGGGUGGGACCACUGACUUAACAGGACUGCGCACACCAGAACUCUGUAGGAGAGAAGUUCUUCACAAAGGUCCAGCGUUUGGGCGCAAAAGGAUGGAUUCUUUCAGAUCGGGCUCUAGCAUAGGACUGUCUCCCUCUCCCAGAGAUCGACAAUCACCCAUGAGUUUUGAUCAGGAGCACUCACAACCGGGAACAAUGGCCGGAGUUCAGGCGGGAACACUUGGCUUCCCAUCUGAAUCGCUGUGCGUAAAGUACGGGGAAUUUUUAAAACACACCGCUGCCGCCGCAGCAGCCGCUGAGAGCAGUGGCGGGGAGCAGAGUCAGGAUGAUGACAGUGAUGGCAUUGGCAGGAGUGACAUGGUGCUUUUUCCUGAGGAAAGGCUCAUGGCAUCAAUGGCCAAAUGUGACGCAGGUAAGAAACACAAAGAGCAGAAAGUGCUGCGGCUGAACAUUAACGCCCGUGAGAGGAGGAGGAUGCAUGACCUGAACGACGCGCUCGAUGAACUGAGGUCGGUGAUCCCCUACGCGCACAGCCCGUCCGUACGGAAGUUAUCCAAAAUAGCCACUUUGCUCCUCGCCAAAAACUACAUCCUCAUGCAAGCGCAAGCACUUGAAGAGAUGAGAAGACUUGUCACUUAUCUUAACCAUGGACCCGGUGUUACCGCGGCGAAUACAUCUGGUGCACCCGGAUUAGGGCUCUAUGACCAGCAGACAGGAUACCCGUUCUCUGCUGGGACUCCAGACCCUUUCCAUAGCAAUGCGAAUCUCUUUAAUAAACACUUCAACCAUAAACCUUGAACAGUUGUGGCCGACGACACUAACAGGGGACUUCAAGCUUCGUGCACACAACUGAAUUGAUGAAUUGAUGGGACCAGCGUGACUGACUGAGAAGUAACCACAUUACCAAAAUAUGGAUUCUUGCUGUAUAUGAUGUUAUAUAUUUCAUGGUGAUUAUGUAUCGAAAUAGCUGUUGUUUUUGCAACGCCAAACGAAAUGACAGCUCCAUAACAUGGUCAAAAUGGUGAGGCUAAUUUGUCUUUAACAAAUUACAAUGCAAGUCCAGUCUAUUUAUUUGACCAUUAUGUAGGCCUUUAUUCAUUUUAUUCAGUUUGAUUCGAUGAUGUUCGAUGAAUAAAUUGUAUUGGUGAUAUAAUAGA